AAUUAGUUGUCUGUGUAGAGUCACUUUAUUCACAGCAGCAUGUGCAAGAUAAUAAUUUAUGGUGAAAUUUCAUCUGAAUUUUAAAAAAAUAAAAUCAACGUCAUUGUUGUUAUUGUCUUCUAUUAUGUAAUAAAUUGCUCUUAUUUGUAAAGAGACUUAAAAAUGUUGAGAAACAGAUAUAUAGCUAGGUGGCACCCAUUUAUUUACUGACCCAGACAUAAAACACUCUGUACGCAUCGUGUCCAAGAUCCUAUUUUCUAGCUCUUUUCUUUUUAUUUCUUGGUUCUAAUUAUGCGUGUUAAUGCUGAUAAGUGAUAAACAUACUCCAUGUUUAGAGAUUAUUAGACCAUGCACAACGGGAGUACACGACGAAUCCUUAGCACGAAAACUUAGGUAAAACCGAAUAUAAUAAUAUUACUUAGGUUAAUCCACGUAAGGAUUGGUCCGUGGCCAAGGCUUUUAAGAGAUUGAUCCUUAGCAACGUGUCAACUCCUGAGUGGGACGGGGUCGGUUUGAUUUUGGGUUUGGUUAAAAAAAAUGGUCAUUCUCGACGGAGACCAAAAAAAAAAGGAGAGCUCGAGGAAAGGCGAUAUUUGGCGUUUGAAAUCGAUCGUCUUCACGAAGAUAAAUCGAAGCGUAAACCUGUAUUUUUAAUAUUUUUAGCUUAGUUUUCAUGUAGAUUCGUCUCAUUUUAGUGUUUCGGGGAUGGGUUUGAAUCGAUUUGGGUUUCGAUUCAAAUUAGGGUUUAAAAAAAAUUUGGGGUUAAAUCGAUUUGGGAUUUAGAUCCAGUAUGGGGGUUUGUAUAAAGGGUUUUGAGAAGAUUUCGGUUUCAAUCUGAAGCGGAUUUGUAUCUUAUUUCUUAAACGGUUUCGAAAUGAAAUAUGUUUUCAACGGAAGAGGAUUUUCUCUUUUUUCUCAAGGGUUUCUCAACCUUUUAGGUUUGAUAUGUGUUCGCUUUCAUUGGGUUCGUAAUAUUUUAAAUUCCACAAGAUCCUUGAGCUUUUUUUGAUUUCGUUGCUCUAACUAUGUUGUUUUAAAUUCCAAAAGUUAUUGUUGUAUUUAACUCUGUUCGUUAAUCAUUUGUCUCAGGUUAACCAAAUGGGACAAGAUUACAGCUAUUCUCAGCCUUCUUCAUCAUCAAACUCUAUAGACAUGAGCUCCCUUAUUGAAGCUGAAGCUAAGAUGUACGCGGAUGAAGCUGAGAGUCCCUACUGCAAUGCAGAGCCGGAUCAGUUCGCACCUCAACCAGAGGCUGAUGAUGGAAUCCCUACGGCUUGCUACUGUGGUGCUCAACCUGUUGUGAAAUGCUCUUACACACCUAAGGAUCCAUACCGAAGAUACUUCUUGUGCCCCAAUGUCGAUGAUGGGGGCUGCCACAUAUGAAAAUGGUGGGAUGUGGCUUUAACGGAGGAGCUCAGUGAGGUUCAGAGACAUGUCAGACAACUCAAGGAUCAAGCUUUUGAGUGUGACCAGAAGCUGCUUAAGCUACAGAAGACGGUGUGUGAGGUGAAGAAGAAAUCAGAGAAUACAAAUGUGUUUGCAUUGGCAGUUUGUGUAAUGGUGUCCGCAAUAUUAUUCAUAGGUUUGGCUGCUAUGUACCUGAGUGGUAAGUAUUUCUCUUGUGCUAUUUGCUUGUUUCUUCAUGACAUUUUUUUAAAACUUUUGACUGUUUGAUUUAAUGUUUAUGCAGGAAGAGCUUCCAAGAAGUAAACUAGAUCAACUAGUAAAGCUCAAGAGUGUCUGUAUAAUUAAGGUACGAUUCCUACUCUCUUUUAUAUGAAAUGCUUUGUAUUGAAAUGCUUUAGUAUUGAUUUGCUUUAGUAAUGAAUGCAAGUUCAUUGCUUUAAAAUAUUACUGUUAGUAUUGAUUGUGCUUGCGCAUAAAUGCAAUUUGUUUCGUUUCUACCUUCCUACCGCCUCUGAUAUGAUUGUUUUAAAUGUUUUAGUACUUUGCAAAUGGGUGUUACUUUUAAUUGAUUGUUUUAAAUAUUUUACGCCUUCUACCUUACUAACUGCUCGUUUUUAUUGGCUUUAAAUGCAACUAGUUUAGCUCAAUGUUUAAACUCGUCUACUUAAGUCUCUCUGUUGCUAUUAGAAUGACAUAUACCGAUAUUUCAAAUGGAAAAUAAUACACCUUAUAUGAAUCUACUGUUUAGUCAAACUCAGACUCCGGUGGACUUUGAUUCACCCGAACCUUUAUGGUUCGGUAGCCAAGGUCCUAGGGAGUCUGUUGUCCCUCCUGUAGUCGAGCCUGUUGUCGAGUCUGGUGGUGAGUCUGGUCUCAGGAGGAAGUGGUCUCCGAUGGAGGAUAAGAUCCUUAUUGGUGCUUGGCUUAACACCAGUAAGGAUCCUAUCAUCAGCAAUGAGCAGAAAGCUGGUUCUUUCUGGAGGCGGAUUGUAGAUUACUACAAUGCAAGUCCGCAGCUGGUUGGGACUGUACCGAGAGAGCUAGGUUCCUGCAAGAAGAGGUGGGGGAGGAUCAACACAGAUGUAUCCAAGUUUACAUGAUGCUAUGAUGCGGCUUUGAGGGAGCAGAGAAGUGGCCAAAAUGACGAUGAUGUGAUGAAGGCGGCGUUGGAAAUUUUCUUCAAAACUACCGAGUCCAAGUUCACCAUGGAUCACUGCUGGAGGGAGCUGAGGCAUGACCAAAAGUGGUGCUCUGUCUACGGGCCGAAGGAGGGUGGAAAGGAAAAGCGUAAACAAGUGAUUGAUGUUGAUAGAGAAGAAGAGGAAGUCGGUGAACCAGAAGGUCGACCUCCCGGGGUUAAGGCUGCCAAAGCUGGUAUCAAGAAGAAGAAAAGUGGUAGAGAGGAGGAGCUGGGGAAGCUUCAGGGGGUUUUAGAAGUCAAAGAAAAAGUGUCUAGAGCUAAGAUUCUAGAUCGUUUACUCGCGAAGAAGGAGCCUUUAACUGAGAUGGAAACAAAUCUAAAAAUGAAACUAAUGUCUGAAAUGCUUUGAUGUAUUAAUGUUGGUUAGAGGUAAUGUCUAAAAAUGAAACUAUAAUGCAUUUUAACUUUACUAACCUUUGUCUUAUUUGAUGUGUCAGGUUUAUCUAAGUAGGCAUGUGAAGGAAGUCACGGGUUGGAGUCACGGGUAGAAGUCACGGGUUGUUGUCCCUCACCUAAUGUAUUAUAAGUAGAACGCAAUGUAGUCUUUAACUUUCUAUCUCGGAGAGGUGUUUUCCUUUAGCCCCUAAACUUGAUUCAUGUUGUUCAAAACUUGUGUUUCUCGGAAAGGUUGUAAUAUUUAGCCACGACUAAACUUGUAUUCGGAUCCUACUACAAGAACCACUUAUGUUUAGGUAAUGAACUUUUUAUUGGCCUUAAAUGCUUUGUGUCCUUUUGUUCUUACGUUUAACUCAUUGAUGUUGUGUUGAACUCACUGAAAUUUAAGAGUUUAGCUCAUGAACUUGUUUGAAUUAAGCGACUUGAGUAAAAACAUGGCUUAAUGUUUCAAGGAAGGCAAGACUUCUCUAUUCUCUGUGACAUCAAGACGGAGAAACAUAUCACAAGGUUAGCAAAAGACCAAACAUAUCACAAGGUUAGCAAAAACAUGGCUUAAUGGAAUUUAAGAUGAUUAGAAAUGAGAUUUUAUGAAAUAAUACCAUAUAUGUUUAAAAUUUUAACAUCUAUAACCAAAAAAAAUUGGAAAUAAGAUGAUUUGAAAAUGAGAAAUAAAAUGAUUAGAAAUUGGGAUUUUGUGAAAUAAUACCAUAUAUGUUUAAAAUUUGAACAUCUAUAACCAAAAUAAAAAAAUGGAAAUAAGAUGAUUGGAAAAUGGGAAAUAAGAUGAUUAGAAAUUGGGAUUUUAUGCUAUAAUACCAAUAAGUUAUUAAAGUCAAAAUAAAUGAUAUAAAAGACUAAACUUAAUAUUUUAUUUUUAAAAGGAGGGAAACCUAAAAUGUCAUCAUCAUCAUCAUCCGAUGAAAUCGAUGAAAGAUUGGACGAGGUUCUCGAUGAAAUCGUCGAGGAUGCAUAUAAUGACAUAGUGGAGGCCCAACCGAAUAUGCAAAACACACGGGGUUAUAUUGAACGAGACCGUGAAGGGGGACACACCCGUUUAGUUAAUGACUACUUCAGAGAGAAUGCGACAUACUCGGCACAAUUCAGACGACGUUUCCGCAUGAAUAAGGGUUUAUUCAUGCGUAUUGUCCUUGCCCUCCAGGAGAACUUUGUAUUCUUUCAACAAAGACCAGAUGCAACCGGGAGGUUAGGUCAUUCUCCGCUACAAAAAUGUACGGCGGCUAUUCGACUGCUUGCUUAUGGUACUAGGGCUGACACGGUUGAUGAAUAUCUCCGACUAGCUGAGACCUCAGCACUUUUGUGUUUACAUAAUUUCACUGACGGAAUUAUACAGUUAUUCGGAGACGAGUAUCUACGACUACCCACACCGGAUGAUCUUCAACGACUACUCGACAUUGGAGAGAAACGAGGGUUUCCUGGGAUGAUCGGGAGCAUUGACUGUAUGCAUUGGGAGUGGAAAAAUUGUCCGACCGCUUGGAAAGGACAGUACGCCCGUGGAUCAGGAAAACCGACAAUUGUCUUAGAGGCUGUAGCUUCCCAAGAUCUUUGGAUCUGGCACGCAUUUUUUGGACCUCCAGGUACCUUAAACGAUAUUAAUGUCCUCGAUCGAUCUCCUCUUUUUGAUGACAUUUUAGAAGGUCGAGCUCCGCGGGUAAAGUACAUGGUCAACGGACACAUGUAUAAGUUGGCGUACUACCUCACAGACGGUAUAUAUCCAAAAUGGUCAACCUUUAUCCAAUCCAUCUCACUCCCUCAAUCACCAAAACAAGAGUUAUUUGCUAAACAUCAAGAAGCAACCCGAAAAGAUGUGGAGCGGGCUUUUGGAGUAUUACAAGCGCGAUUUGCGAUUGUGAGAAACCCGGCUCUUACGUUGGACAAAGCAAAGAUAGGGAAGAUUAUGAGAGCGUGUAUCAUACUACACAACAUGAUAGUCGAAGAUGAACGGGAUGGAUACAUUCGGUAUGAUAUAUCUGAAUUUGAAGAAGGUGACGUCAUGAAAAGUUCACAGGUGGAAACCGAGAUUCCUACAAUUCUCAAUAAUAUUUUUCCCAGUCGGAAUGAUGUUCGAGAUAGGAGAAUACAUGACCAUCUGAAAAAUGAUUUAGUCGAUGAACGGGAUGGAUACAUUCGGGAUGAACGGGAUGGAUACAUUCGGUAUGAUAUAUCUGAAUUUGAAGAAGGUGACGUCAUGAGAAGUUCACAGGUGGAAACCGAGAUUCCUACAAUUCUCAAUAAUAUUUUUCCCAGUCGGAAUGAUGUUCGAGAUAGGAGAAUACAUGACCAUCUGAAAAAAUGAUUUAGUCGAGCAUAUUUGGAACAAAUUUGGUGACGAAGAUUAAAAAUCGUACUAUCUUUAUGUUUAAUUAUUGUAUUUUUUUAAAAUUCCUUGAUUAUGUUUAAUUUUUGUAUCUUAAUGUUUAAUUAAUGUAUCUUUAUGUUUAAUUAGUGUUUCUUGAUUUCUUUAUAUUUAUCAUUGUAUCUUUUUUCAUGCAAUUAAUAAAAUAAAAAUUACUAUUAAAUUGUUUUGUGGGAAAUUGUUUCUUUUAUAUCAAGACGAACCGGGACAAUGUCUUUUUUUUCAUUUGACUACUGUUUUUUGGCUGAGAUCACUGCUUCUAAUCUAAAAGAAGACAAACUUGUGAGUCAAUUUAGUUAGUAAAAUAAAUAGUUUAAUCUAUUAUGUGUCUUUACAUUAUUUAUUUGCAGUAUCUUCCUGUGGGAGCUACGAGUUCUACUGCUUUGCACAAACAAUGCAAAGAGACGAUACUGGUGAACAAAGAGGGAAAUUCAUGGAAUGUGAGUUUACGAUUUAGCGAAUCAGGCGGCAAGUAUUACAUCACAAGAGGCUGGAGAAAGUCCUGUCUCGAUAACAGAUGCGAGAUAGGAGACUUAUUUGCGUUCAAUGUGGUUGGAGAUGGGAAAACUACUCCAUUGAUGUGUGUAUGUCCGGAAAGAAAAGAGUGCUCUGAAAUACUGAGCAAAUACUUGAGCAGAACGAGUAGUGAGUCUUCAUUAGGUGGUCAUUCAUGAUCAUGUUGGAUUUUAAUAUUCAAUCAUCUUAUAAACUCUUAUGUGUAAUCUUUAUAUUUAAUCAUGUUUUUAUUUAGGAAUUUUUCUAUCUUUAUGUUUAAUUAUUGUUUUUAUUUUUAAUUGUUAUAUUUAUAUGUUUAAUUAUUAUUUUUUAAGUUUAUUUCUAGUAUUUUAUGUUAAGUUAUUCUAUUUAAUCAUUCAAUAUAAAAAAAGUAUAUUUCACUAAACAAAAAAAAAAUUAUAUUUUUUAUUCCUAAGUAUUCCAACUUCGGAUUCACCAUUAUAUACACAUUUUUCAUAAGAGUCCUUAACUAUUUAAAAAAAAAUAAUAAUUUAUUUCUAAGGACUUCACAAUGGUUAUCACCAUUGUGGAUGCUCUUAUGUAACUACCGUUUUGUGCACGGGCCGUUUCAUGUUUUUUUACUUUAUUAUUUGUUUGACUGCAUUGCUUUCACUUUUAUCUUCGUCCUUCCAAAGAUUUGUUUGGUAAUUUAUUUUUGUUUGUUAUUUCGUCCUGCUAAUAGUAACUUGUUAUGGUUUAUAGUAUUUAGUUAUUUACUUGUUUACUAUAAAUCUCAGCCCCAGUCGCCAUAUUGAUAAUUUAUUUUCACUUUUUCUCCCAGAGAAAAUGUGAAAUUAUUGACACUAUCGUAUCAUACCAGAAAUAUAUGCCCAUGAAUUAUGUCUAUAUAUGUAUACAUUUGCCGACAAAUAGUUCGUGGUUUAUAUAACAUAUCUAGAAGGCAAUAUUUGGCUUUUAGGAAUUCAGUAUUUAUUGACUUGUUGAUAGCCGGGAGAAAUAAAGAUUAUAAAAACUAUAUAUUAUUAUAAUGUUGCACAAUAAACAUAAAUAUCUAUAAUAAUAAAGUAUUAUAUAAUGUAGAAAGAGGAACUUUAUUAGGUUACUACACAUCAAAUGUCGUUUUCAUGAUUGUUUGAAUACUGUGUAAUGUCUUCUCCAAGCCUUCGUGCCACAUGAUCUCAUACAAACUGUCGGUGCCCUUAUAUAUCAUUUUUUAUUAUUAUUGUUAUUGUACAAAUUUACUUGCUUUUACCAGGAAUCUGAAUAUAGCAACAAUAUUAUGACUGAGAAGUACCUUUAGAGUAAAAUAUUAAGGUGAACAAAUUGUUUACUCCUCGUUAUUCUAAAUUAACCAAUCAAGUAAAAAACAUUAUUUAUGUAUUUCUUCCGGUUACUAUUUAUUUAGAUAUAUUUAUUCCACUUUCUUCUAUUUCCUACUUUUAUUUUUCUUUUUUCCCCACUUAUUUAUUUUUUUCUUAUUUAGUCUAAAAUAACCAAUCACACUUUAAAUACGUUAAAACAUUUCGUCAUUAGAAACUUAAGUCAAACCGAUUAACAUAUUUGCUGUACUUCAGCAUGAUUCGAUCGUAUCACAGCUACUCAAUAAUUUAUUAUAUUCCAUAAUAAAUUCAACAAUAGAGCAUGUGGUUUCUAAUACAUAUUGAAAUGCAAACUACUUGUAAGAAUACUAUAAAUUUUUACUAUUAUAUUUGUUGAUACAUAUUGUAUAACUUGUUAUUUGACUUAAUUCGGUAAUAGUUCCCUCGCAUAACUAUUUUCUCAAUUAACUUGUUUUGUAUCUAAACCCUGAAUCAUGAUAUAUGUAGUUAAAAAUGAACUUGCUUGAAUCCCUUGAAUUAUAUGGAUGAAUGAUUAGUUUUGAGAAGAAAAUGCUAAAAGAAUAUGAGCGAACCGGAUGUCGAAAAAGACAAACAAAAUAAAUUUAAGUUUUGACAAAAGGUAACAAUAUUUUUCCUUUUCGUAAUAUAUUGUUAAGCUAGAUGAAUUUUCGACUUAAAAUUAAUUAGUGAUAAAUGAAUUGAUCUAUUUAUUUUAUAUAUUUGUUAGGAUCUCUUCCAACUACCAAUAUGAUAUAUUUUUGUAUCUAAUAUGUUCCUUCGGAAUGAAAGUUUUUGAGCGUCAGUCUUGGAAUGUUUGGACAAUGAUCGAUGAACCAACUUUGGACUAAUCAAUGUGGAUUUGGUUGGACUGCGUGAAUCGAGCUCUAAUACCAUAUUAAGCUAGAUGAGUUUUCAACAUAAAAUCAAGUGGUUAUAAAUGAAUUGACUUAUAUAUCUUAUAUAUUACUUAUGAUACAUUCCAACUACCAAUGUGGGACACUUUGUGCCUAAUAUAUACAUCAUUCUUGUUGUGCACUAAAAAUAAUACAUCAUUCUUGUUGUGAUAUAAGGAGUAUUGGUUAAUUAGACAUGGCGCCUGUGUUAAAAACACAUGGAUUUGGUUUUGUUAAUGAACAAAGAUAUCCUAAUCAAUACAUAAACCCACAUUUCUUAUUUAAAAAUUGCAAAAGGUAAAAUAUCAUAUUAAUAAGAAAACCAAAAACGGGUUGUUAAUUUGUUUGGAUCAUCAAGUUUCAGGAACGUACUUUCGAUGUUUUGAACCUAAUUAUAUAAAUCCAUUGGAAUUGGCAAACCAUAUAAUUUAGAAUAUUGCAACAGAAACACAAUGGCAAAAGUUAUUAAAAUCGAAAUCACAUAACGCUUAAUCAAGCCUACGUUUAGUUUUGUUUUCUCGGCUUCGCCUACAUUUUGCUUCGAUCCAUUUGUUGAACGACGAAUAACAUAGUCAGUUAACGAGUGAGAUAAUAACACAAUUUUGUGGGGUUUGUUUGUCGUUCACAUGAUUCUUGCUUUCAUGUUCUAAUUAUUUUCCCUAUAAAUUUUCUAUUUGUGAGGUUUGUUUGUUUAAACACUCUUGAGGAAGCUAGCAGUUCAUAUGGUCAUCUUCCACCUGUGGAAGCAAAAGAACAACCUCAUACACAUUCAUACGUCAAUCUCAGCUGCAAUUGUCUUCUAUGGUAUUGAAAGAGAGCUGAUCUAAACAUCAUCCCAUCAAGGAGACUAAAAAAACCCUUCAACGCUCACAUGAUUACUGAAAAUUCAGGUUUCAAGUCUCGGAGAAAGCGAUUUAUUAAACAAUUAUGCAGAUUACAGAAGAAAGACUUGCAAGAGAUCUUUAACAUGGUGCAAGUAAAUCUGGCCAAACAUAGAUCUUCAUAGGACGGCUCAGGUGAUGCAGUUAGACGUAAGUUUUUAUAAGACAGGUAACAUUGUCGGUUGUCGAAUCGUCUAUGUAAUCUUUCUCAUAUCAUAAUUAUAAGAUCAUAAUAAAUCAGUGUUAAAAAAAUUUAAUAAUUUUCUUUAAUGUUACGAGAAGAUAUAUCAUAACAAACUUAAAAAUAUUCUACGUAGAUAUUUUUAGUAUUAUUCACUAAAUAUAGAGAAAAGGCCAUAAUGCAAGGAAAUGGUCAUAACCAACGUAUUAAUAUUCAAUGUAUACAACUUUUUUUACCCUAAGGAGAUAACCAAACAUAAUACAACCAUCUUUUUUCAUUUUGAUAUAUACCUUCGUAGUACAAACUUAAAGAUAUUCAUUAUAUUUAUUAAGUGAUAUGUUAUUCAUGUAUUUCUUGAAUCUUUUUAUGAACUCUCAAAAUAUAUGUUCUUCAAAUAUUAAGCAUAUUUUCUAUACAAACCAAAACCCUAAAUCAUAUACACUAUACCCUAUAUCCUAUACCCUAUAUUUUAUACCUUGUUUCAUAUACUUAUUUGAAUCUCAUUAUUUUCGCGUAUAAUUUAAAUCUAUGUAUGUAUUCUCUAUAAAUAUUUUCCAUAAUUUAGUUUUUUUUUUAUUUUAGCAUAUUUCCAAUACAAAACAUUUAGCAUAUUCUAAAUACAAACCAAAACCUAUAUGCUAAUACAUGUUUCAUCUAUACUAUUUUUUUGUCUUUGAUGACAAUGUAACUUUUCCAAAAAUACUUCUAAAUUUACAAAGAAAAUUUAAUUCUAAUUAAUGGCAAUUUUGUCUUCCGGCUUAAAACCAUUAAUUUAAUUUAUUGCAUCUAUGAGCCUUUAUAAAAGCUUAUUCCAACAAUCAUAAAUUUAAUUUUAUAAAUAGAUCUAAACUCAUUGUAUGCCUUUAAACAAAAUAAAUAAAUUAUUUACUUUAGAAAUGUAAUAGUAUUGAUCAUUAUAAAAUGCAUAAUAUAAAUACAGUGCAUUUACUCUAUACGAUAAAUCAAAUAGUUUAUUCAGUUAUCUGUACUAUUAUAAAGUUACAAGAAGUUUGAUCAAUUUUUUUUAAAAAAAAAUAUUAUAAGAUUUUUCUGGAGUUUUUCCGGGUCAAUCGAUGUCAGUUAAGGGGUUAAUGGUUGGUUCUUAGGUUUUAUUGAAUGUUUAAUUAAUAUUUUUUAUUAAAUCUGAAUUUUAUGGAAUAUAUGAAUUCACAAAAUCUAUGAUAAAAUGCUACAUGAAAGACAUAAGCAUGUCCGGAUUAUACACAGUCACCGGGUUUACCGAUGCGGCUACGGGUUCAUACCAGAUAUAAAAGAUUGUUUAUAUUUUAAUUUGUCUAUAAACCACAAGAGUUAAAUAAUUUGUAAACACAAAAGUCUUCUUCGCACCAUUUAAAUGUAGAUGCACUAUUAGUCUUCAUCAUUCGGUUCAGCUCUAGAAAUUUAGGAACUAUUUAGGUAUUUACAAAGUUCUUUUUGGUUUCAGUUGAGUUAUUUCAGUUUUUUGUUUCGGUUCAGUAGCAAAGUUGAGAACCAACUAAUAUGCAAAAAAAAAAAUUUAGGUCCAAUUCAGUUCCGGUUCAAUUAUGUUUUUUCAGGUAAUUAAAUAUUUAUAGAUAAAAAUAUCAGAUAAUUUGAGGUUUUAAGUUUAAAUUUCAGGUAAUACGGGUUGUGUAAAUAAAAAUAUCUGAUAAUUCAGAUAAUAUAUAAUAUUUUUAAUAAAAAAUAUUAGGAUAAUUCGGUUUACAUUUAGUAUUUUAGAAUAUGGUUAUUUAAAUAUUAAAUAUAUUAAUAUUUGUAACUACAUAAUUUUUAUUUUAAAAAUUCAGGACCUAUUUUGUUAUAGUUUCGGUUUCAAUCGUUUUUAUUCUAGAAAUAUAUGAUAUACUCAGUUAUUAUGAGAUUUAGUUCAAUUUUGGUUUCGAGUGUUUCAGUUUAGUACGGUUCGGUUUCCAGUUUAGUACGGUUCGGUUUCCAGUUCCGAACAAAUAAGUCCAAGCACUAUGUUAUAUAGAAUUUCAUUAAGAAAAAUAUUUAAUUUUAAAAACAACUCUACUCUUUUAAAUCUAGUUCAUUUUAUAACAAACGACAAUAAUAUAUAAAUAAUUAUUAGUGCCACGUGUUGAACGAUAAUUCUCCUGUCGGUGGAGGGUCCAGAAAGAUUGAUAAAAAUCAUUCUCCUAAAUACCUUUUUUUUUACUCUGAGAAAGUUAGAAGAAUGCAGAAAUAAUACAAAACUUCCAAGAACUGCAAAAAAAAAAAAACACAGCACGUAGAACAGAAAUGAUAUAUUUAUUUGGAAAAAUCAAAUCGAUACUCUGAAUACGUAUAUAGCAUACUAAGAAAAAUACACAGUUUGGCACAUGAAUAUUGAAAUUUUAGUUAAGUAAAUUAUUGCAAUAAUCAAUAGUAAUAAUUUUAUUAAAGGUAUGACUGGCGGUAAAUACCAAUCAUGCUUGGAAUUAAUUUCCAAAGUUACAGAAAAAAAAAUUAAAAAAUGACAAUAAAACCCUAUUUAAAGUAAUAAUUUUAUAUGUUGUAAACAAAUUAUACAGGUAUAACUGAUAUAUUUACACCAAAAAGUUAUAUAGUCAAAAUUUUACAUUAAAAAAUUUAAAACUAUAACUCAACCAAUUAUUUGCUCCGUCUAGUUGUUGUCCAAGCCACCAUCUACCAUCUUUGGAGACAAAUAAAUAAUGACCUUCAUAACAAUCAGUCUGUUUCUAGUGGAGCACUUUUCAAGAUCAUUGAUAGGGAGGUUCUCAACAUCAUCGAUGGUAGACGACAUAGAAAACGAUAUCACUGCCUCAUGGCUUCUUGGAUUAGAUAAAAUCCUUUCUAAGUUACGUUUUGUAUUUGCUGAAUGUUGUAGUGCUCUGUUUCAAAACUGUC